AUGCGCGGCCUCUCUCUAGUCGGUUUGACUCUUCUCCUCCGUUCAUAUCUAGCAUACGCCGAGAAAGUUGCGGUCAAAGAAAUUGGUGAUGACUUCACUAUUGAUGGCGACCAUGUUACAUGGCCUGAUGGCCCCUUUACCGGAAGUCUGUCUUGCACUGGUCCUGACAAGGUGCUCAGCUUGAGUGCUGACAAGAAAUACGGCACCUGCUGCCCACCGGGUGCGAGUCUCAAGGGAUCGGCCAAGACUGAAUGGCACUGCUGUGGCCAAGGUCACGAUGUGACGGGCUCCAAAGCCGUUGGCUUUGAGUGCUGUCUGGAAGGUUCCACCUUCGAUGGCAAAACAUGCAAGCGAGCAAACAAGUGUACUAAUGGCAAGGAGAUGAUCAAUGGGAAAUGCCAAUGUUCUGAUGGCAAGGAGGAGGCUGCAGAUGGUACUUGCAAGUCUGCCAAGUGUGACUCGGGCAUAAAAACUGGUAAAUGCUAUUUCUUCAAGGGACGAUCGGGCAACUAUUUGACAUUCAAUGCCAACCAAUACUCCGAGACUGGUCUCAGUAAAUAUAUCAGGCCCGGCAAGUUUCAGUUCUGUCAAGAUCCAACGUGCAUUGCUGGCCUGCCCGUCAAUCCCAGCAACGAGGUUCAAAUCAAAGAUCUCCACGGCACGCUGCCAGCCGCAACCGAUGCCGGGCAGUGGCUGGACGGCAAACAGAACGGUGGACACAUAGGCAAGACACCCGACUACUCCAAGGCCGGAAACUUCUCUAUCACCAAAUGGCCCUGUGGAAAGUAUUGCCUUACCGGAUUUGUCGAAGGAAUCACGCAGGCUUGUCCAGACGUCAGCCCCGGCAUCAGCAUGGAUACCCGUGCCACGGACUCGUGCAUUGAGUUUGAGCUUCUGGAGGUACCGUGUGAUCUCAGAGAUGAUGCCAAUAACUGCAUCUGGAAGAAUGGCGAUCAAUGCUGUGAUAAGAUUGAUUGCCGCGGCAAGACUGAAUGUGAGCGCUUCACUUGGUUGGAAGGAUUCGUCUACGCUACUCUGUUCUUGGUCACUCUUAAUUCCGCCAAACUCUUUUCCUUGCUUCAGUCUGAUUAUCUGGGUUGGUUGAACGCUCGCUUUUUGUUUUACUUCAACGCGGAGAAUAUUGGACGAGAAUCGGGUUAUCCUGUCCAAUCUUCUCAGUCUGAUGAGGUGUCGUCCAAGUCUCUUGAUAAACUGCCCAAGACCCCUGAUGAAUCCUCUCAGCAUAAUGAAGAAUCAUCUGAGUCUCAUGAGGAGUCCUCCCAGUCUUUUGAGGAGCUUCACGAGGAGCUGUCUCGGUCUCAUGAUAAGUCCUCGACGUCUAUGAAGGAAUCCUCUAAGCUUCAUGACGAAUCAUCUGAGUCUCAUGGGGAGUCCUCUCAGUCUUUUGAGGAAAUUCACGAGGAAUUGUCUCAGUCUCAUGAUGAGUCCUCUAAGUUGCUUGAGGACUCCUCUAAGUUUGUGAAGAAAUCCGCUCAGAUUCAUGAGGAGUCUUCUCAGCUCCAGGAGGAAUCUUCUCAGCCUCUUGAUGAAUUAACCAAGACUCUUGACAAAUCCUCUCAGUCUCAUGAAGAAUCAUCUCAAUUUCUGAAAGAAUCGUCUCAGUUUCUUGAAGAUGAAACCUCACUCCUUCAAAGUGGCAGCUACUCGGUGAAUGUUAUUUCGUAUCAGGGAUACCGUUCCUCGCCCUAG